UCUCGCCACUUGUAUCGAAACCUCCCGAUACUUUCAAGGAAAUAAAAUGACUUGUAGUUGUUAUCGGGAAGAAGACAGGAUCUUUGGAAAAAAUUGAUAUUCCUGUAGUUUAUGUUACCUCCAAAAGUACAGGUAGGCCUAUUUGGACUUGAAAUAUCAGGACGCACAUUUACACUUCGAACGCACUAUUAUUCCUAGCUGAGGAACGCUCAACUCCGUCCUUCAGGUAUACUUUCCCCAAACUUGUUCUUGGGAGAUGGAUUUCCAAAGGCUGCUGUUGCAGGUGGAACAAGCCCUGAGCAGUGAAGAAGUACAAGCACUUGCAUUUCUUUGCAAAGAUUUACUGGAUAAAGACCUGAACUCAGUGACCACAGCUAGUAAACUCUUCUCUCUUCUGACGGACCAAGAACUGUUAUCCCCUGAUCAACCUUACUUGCUUGCUGACCUACUACUCACCAUCCAGAGGCACAGCUUGAUGCGAGGCCUUGGCCUCAACAACCAGCUACCAACAACCAGUAGACACAUCUCUCCUUAUAGAAAGCUGCUGUAUAACCUGUCAGAGAACAUCACUAGAGAUGAGUUGAGGGAGAUCAAGUUCUUGUUGUGGAAUGAACUCCCUCGUAGAAAACUGGAGGACAACCUGACUACCUUGCAAUUAUUCCUGGAAAUGGAGAAAAUGGAUAUUUUGAGCAUCAUAAAACUAAACACUCUUGAAAGCAUUUUUGAAAGUGUCUGCCCCAUGUUGAACACAAGAAUCAAAAAGUAUAAGACACAGAAUUCCUUAGCUGGAACUCAAGAGACAGGGGUGGGACAGUUAAGACCAAGAUCUGUGUCUGACGCUCAUCCAGGAAUCCAGGCUGCCUCCAUGCUUCCAAAGAGGCCUGUCUCUUGUGAAGUAUCAGUUGAACAGUAUGACCAUUCUGACGAGACUCUCAUUCCCCACACUUACUUCUCGAGUUCACAGCCUUCAGCCAAGGUAACCUCUCUGAAUCAAUCUGACACCUCUCUGGAUGCUCGGAGAGUCCCAUAUUCGAUGGAUGCAGGACUUUCACACGGGCUGAGUCUCCUCAGUACCAAUGGGGACAACUGUGCUGCUCCCAUUAAAGAGUAUCAUCAUGUUUCAUCCACAUCCUCAUGUGGAGACAGUAAGAACUUUGGCCCAGCAGAUCCUCAGACAGGAAACACCAAAAGAGAGGAACUGGGAGAAUAUUCUAUGACAGGAAAGAAGAGAGGUUUCUGUCUGAUCAUUAACAACCACGACUUUAGAAAUUCCCCUCAACCGUUAAAAGACAGAGAGGGAACACACAUUGACAAAAAGAGUUUGGUGAGUGUGUUUAAGUGGCUGGGCUUUGAGACACAGACUGAGCCAGACUGCAGUCGGGAGAAGAUACUGUCUCUACUUGCGGAGCUGCGCAACCGGGAUCACAGCCAGAUGGACUGCCUGGUGUGCUGCGUUCUGAGCCACGGCCUAGAGGGAGGUGUUUACGGGGUGGACGGGCUGGAGGUCAGUGUCAGGGAGCUCACAGAGCCCUUCUCUGGACUGGAGUGCAGCUCACUGAGGGACAAGCCCAAGCUGUUCUUCAUCCAGGCCUGUCAGGGCAACAAGGAGCAAAAGCAAGUGUUCAUCCAGUCUGAUGGCCCAGGACCAAGCUCUACUACCACCAGCUCUAUCUGCACUGAUGCAGUGGUACACAGAGACUCCAUUCCCACUGAUGCUGACUURCUUCUGGGCAUGGCCACCGUCCCUCACUUUGCCUCUUUUAGAGACAAGAGGCAGGGCACUUGGUUCAUCCAGUCGUUGUGCCAGAACCUCAUCGACUUGGUGCCCAGUGGGUAUGACUUGCUGUCCAUCCUGACCAAGGUGAAUGAUGAUGUCAGCAGGAAGACAAAUGGCAUUAAGAAGCAGAUGCCCCAGCCUGCAUACUCACUCAGAAAGAGGGUGGUCUUUCCCAUUCCCAAAGAACAUCCUCCCAGACUAUGUGAGCCACAGGCAUUGGCUUGAGACCACUAGAGCAGAUUUCUUUAAUGGUCGUCACCUUUCCCAUCUAUUCAGGGACUGAUUCAGAAACUAGUUGAGUGGACUCUCACCGACGAUAUUAAUCAAUGGCGAAAAGACUAGUACUUGAAUAGCACUGCCCUAGACUGAGAGACUGUCUCCACACUCCUGUCUACACUGCACACCUCGGGGAUCCUCAAGUAUAAACUGCUGUGUUUUUCCAAAACUGAAUGUUAACUGUUUUUUACACCUUAUAUAAAAAAUGAAAUUCAAUAUACAUAUAUCCAAAGAACUGUAAAUAGAACAUUUCAGGAAUUUUUUAAAAGGGUAUUUUUAAAUGUAGAGAAAAAGCAAGAACAACCGAAGAGCACUUAAUAUGCAAUGUUUUCCACGUGUUUUUUCUAAAUGGUCUAUUUCUUACUCCCUUGCACAUUGACUUCCUAAAUGAAUACAAAAUAACAUUUUCAAUCAAUAUUGAUCAUUUUGUUGUUGCUGCUGUUUCAAUACAUCACAGUGUACUCCUUACACCACAUGUCAUACAACACAUUUAAGACAAAUUCUAUGACAGAAGAAUAAAAAAUAUGUUCACACAUG